AUGACGGAACGCGUUGCCGUUGUUACGGGCUCCAAUAAAGGCAUCGGUUUCGCCACUGUUAAGGGUCUCUGUCAAAGGUUUAAAGGAGUAGUCUACCUCACAUCCAGAGAUGUCAAACGAGGAGAGCAGGCAGUCUCAGAACUUAACAAAUUAAACCUUCAUCCCCUCUACCACCAACUCGAUGUAGCUGACCGAGACAGCGUCCUGCGAUUCAGCGAGUAUCUUCAAAAGAAGCAUGGAGGUAUUGAUAUUCUCAUCAACAACGCUGCUGUCGCCAAUAGCAGAGAUCUGUACAACACUUACGAAGAAAACAAAUACAUCGUAGAUAUCAACUAUAAGAGUAUAUUAACGAUUCAAGAACUAAUAUUUCCAUUGGUAAGAAAUAACGGUCGCAUUAUAAACAUAUCGAGCGACUGCGGCCACAUAUCUAAUGUAAAAAAUGAGUUUUGGGUAAAAACGUUGUCUAAAAAGGAUUUAACCUUAAAGGAAAUCAAUGAAUUUGUAGAUUGGUUCCUGGAUUCAAGUAAGAAUAAUACUUUUAAAAAGGAAGACUUUGCUGAUGAUGGUACGGUGGUCGCUUAUAGAGUGGCUAAGGUGGCAGUGAGCGCCCUAACUAUGCUCCAGCAGAAAGAGCUGGAUGGGAAAAAUAUCAGUGUAAAUUCAAUGCACCCAGGCCUGGUUCGAACGGACAUGACUUUAGGCGCUGGGUUCUACAAUGCAGAUGAAGCGGCCGAAACACCUCUUUACCUGGCUUUGGAAGCCCCACAAAGUUUGAAGGGUGCAUAUGUAUGGCAUGACAGGAAGGUUCGUGACUGGUACGAUCAUAAAGCUGAUUAUUACUUUAAGACAUCCGCGCUUCGGGCUUGA